CGUGUGUGUCACAAUGACCUCAUUAUAAGAAGCAUUAUGUGUGAGAGAAAACGACACUGUCACUUCUGAGUCUGUGGUAGUGGAUUGACUUACUUAAGGUUUGCAUCGACAUCUACAUUGACAAUGGUGUGGACAGUUGGUCUCAGUAAUCUUGUGUUAGGGGUCUACGGAUUCACAUUGAUCACAGGCCUUCCCGCCAAUGUCUUGGCGUUCUACACCUUCUUUCAGAAGGUCCGCCAGCGCCCCACCCCAAUAGACGUGCUGUUACUCAGUUUAACCAUCUCUGAUCUGAUCUUCCUCUUUUUCCUGCCAUUUCGCAUGGUGGAGGCGGCCAACAUGAAAUGGACGAUGCCUUACUUCCUCUGCCCGCUAUCGGGAUUCAUCUUCUACUCCACCAUCUACAACAGCACAUUCCACCUGACGGCCAUCAGCGUGGAGCGCUACCUGGGUGUGGCUUUCCCGAUUAAAUACAAGCUCAAGCGCCACCCUCGGAAUGCUGUGAUAGCCAGCGUCAUAUUCUGGGUGGUGUCGAUGGCACACUGCAGUAUCGUCUACAUCAUGCAAUACUACGAUCAUAAGAACCCCAACUUCACCGCGCCAUACAAACGUGACACCUGUUAUGAAGAAUUCAAUCCUGAACAGCUCAAGAUCCUCCUGCCGGUUCGCCUGGAGCUUUUUGCAGUGCUCUUCUGCAUGCCGUUCCUCAUCUGCUGCUUCUGCUACAUCAAAUUCAUUCACAUCCUUUCCAAUCUGCCCAGUAUCAAUGCUAAGAAGCGGUAUAGAGCCAUCGGGAUGGCGUUGGGCACGCUUCUGGUCUUCAUUAUCUGCUUCAUGCCCUAUAACAUCUCGCACGUGGUCGGAUACGUAGGUAAAUACAGCCCCGAUUGGCGAGUUUAUGCACUGCUCACCAGCACGUUUAAUGCAUGCCUCGAUCCGUUCAUAUUCUACUUCUCGUCUUCGGCGCUCAGAGGAACAUUUAAGAAUGUCUUGCAAGAGUUGUCGAGGCGUCUGCUCAUGCCCUGCUGCCGUUCUGCUCUCUAUUGUCCGCUGUUCAGCUGUUCAAGUACAGAGGAGAAGACUCAGAGCUCGACCGACAGCUCUCUGUAACAUCACAAGCCGGGAUGUUGAGUUUGAUUAGACUGACCUGUGAAAUGUGACUUAAUCUCAGAGGUAUCGGAAGAGAGCCAUGUGGGCCAGUAUUUUUCAGUGCUUUCUUCUGACUGCAGUUGAGCAAUGCUGAUCAGUCUAAAGCAAAUGAACUUGGAUGCGCAGCUUAAUGGACCCGUAUAAUGGACCACUAUUACUAUAGAGGUUUCAGUAUUUUUUUCCAUUCAUUUUUCCCAUAAGGAUUCAUUAAAGCACCAUAAGGCAUGAACUAAACCAUAUAUAUAUAUAUAUGAACUAAUUAUAUGGUUGCAGAAAAACCAGGAGAGAUCGCCUUUACGGUUAGAGAAUUACACGGAUAUGGUACAAAAUAGUUAGAUUUAAAAAGAUGAUAGAUUAUAUUGAUUAGAUGUCAUUUUCAAAAUGUUCUCUGCAUAUUACAAGAGCUUGUCACCCAGCUAUAAGCACUGUUAUUCAGCGAAAUUGAUGUUCGUUAGUGGGAUGACGUUUUUUUUGUGUGGGCAGAGCUUAUCUGGUGUCAGAAAAUGAUGGUUUUUAAGCAGUAGUCUAUGGAGCCAUGGAAUAAAAGAAUAAAAGAAAGGUAAAUUUGAUUUUUUUUUUUUUUUUCACAA